AUGUCCGAUUCCCCAAGAGCCACGACUGGAAUGGUGCUCCAUCGUACCCGGUCGCAAGAGGUUACUUACUCCUCAGCGAUCCCCAUACGCUCGCCACCGACUGGCCAGCUGGUGCAAUAUGCGACGCACCCUCCUGAAAUGUCCUCCGUGCACCAGUUGGGUCAGCAAGUCCAGUAUCAGUCGUCUCGUUUGAACGAUGUCCAGCAAGCUGUCGACGCCAAGAAACAGUUCGCGUAUGAGCAGCUGAUGGCCUUGCAUCAACAGCAGCAGAACCAGAAGCAGCACCAGAUGGCCAUGAACCAACAACUGGUGACCGAGUUGGAAGAUCAACGACGUCAACACGCCGAGAAAGUGAGCGGUGUCACGCGUCCUCCUGUCCCUGUGGCUGUCAGGGCUGAUAUAAUUCAAGUGGUAUACGGAUUUCAAGAAGUCCCGAAGGCCCCCGAGUAUAGCGGAAGCACGAAAGUGCAGAUGCAAAAUUUCAUGGAUCAGUACGAGGCCUAUACUCGGGAGAUUGUGUUGGCGAACGCACAACGUCCGGGCGCCGAGUACAUGCGUCGAUACAGCGAGUUUGAGCCGCUGAUGUUGACUGCCGGCGCGCCGAGACCACCUGGCGAUAACAUCCAGCGGCCGGUUACGCACAAGAAGAAUGACACUGACGCUUAG